AUGAUGGCUGUGGAAAAUGCCUCUUCAGUGACGGAGUUCAUUCUUAGGGGAUUAACAGAUCAACCUGAGCUCCAACUGCCCCUGUUUUUUCUGUUCUUGGUGAACUACGUGGUCACUGUGGUGGGAAACUGGAGCUUAAUUAAUCUAAUUGGACUGAAUUCUCACCUUCACACCCCCAUGUACUUUUUCAUCUUCAAUCUGUCCUUCAUUGAUUUCUGUUACUCAUUUGUCAUUACCCCAAAAAUGCUGAUGAGCUUUAUUUCAGACAGGAACAUCAUCUCCUAUACCGGAUGCAUGACUCAGCUAUUUUUCUUUUGCUUUUUUGUUAACUCUGAGUGCUACGUGCUGACCGCCAUGGCCUAUGAUCGCUAUGUGGCCAUCUGCAAGCCCCUGCUGUACAUGAUCACCAUGUCCCCUCAGACCUGUUCUCUGCUGAUGUUUGGCUCAUACGUGAUGGGGUUUGCUGGUGCCACAGUGCACACAGGGUGUAUGAUCAGCCUCACCUUUUGUGAUUCCAACACCAUCAACCACUACAUGUGUGACAUCUUCCCCCUCCUCCAGCUCUCCUGCAGCAGCACCUAUGUCAAUGAGCUGGUGAGUUCUGUUGUUGUGGGCACAGUUGUUAUGGUAUCUAGCCUCAUUAUCAUCAUGUCUUAUUCUUUGAUUCUUUUCAAUAUCCUUCACAUGCCCUCAGCUAAGGGUUGGUCCAAAGCCAUCAGCACCUGUGGCUCCCACUUAAUAACUGUUGGGCUCUUUUAUGGAUCUGGGCUGCUCACUCACGUUAAGCCAUCAUCUGGUGGGUCCCUGAGCCAGGGGAAAUUUUUCUCAGUGUUUUACACCAAUGUGAUUCCCAUGUUGAACCCUCUCAUUUACAGCCUGAGGAACAAGGACAUCAAACUUGCUCUGAAGAAAACCCUGAGGAAAAUUACAAAUUGA